AUGAUUACCUUUAAUAGACUUUGUACUACCAAUUUUAAAAGAUCUCUGCUUACAUUAACAAGAUCAUCCAAAAGUCAACAAAAACUAGCCCCCUUAUUAAAAAAAAAACCAUAUUCUUCCUUUGCUGGUCAUACCAUUAAUAAUGCAAAAUCUAGGGGGAGCGGUUUGGGUCUAUUUAUUAUAGGUGCUAGUAGCAUUUGCGCUAUCAAUUAUUAUUACAAAAAUAACUAUAGCAACCAUUUUUUGCACAAUGAUGAUUUGAAUAAUAUUAAUAAUGAUAAAAUUUCCUUGGAUUCUGAAAACAGCGUUUGCGUGGAUAAAAGCAUUUCUCCAUUUCCUACCCGUUUAAGCACUUCCACUGGUUACGCCCUUGAUAAAAAUGAUAACUAUACUUUAGUUGGGUUUGGUACUAGAUCUGUUACAUUUAUAUCUUUUAGAGUUUAUGCUCUAGGUAUUUAUAUUGCAGAUAAGGAUUUACCUCUGAUUUCUAAAGUAUUUGAUUCCAAGUAUUUAUCAACUGCAUUCAUCGACAAGGAUACAGGUGCAAUUAACAACGAAGAAUCACAUGGAGAAAAUUUAACCAGAGCUUUAGAAAGUCCUGAUACUUCCAUGGUUUUGGUUGAUAAUUUAUUGGACUCUGAAAUUGAAUUGGUUGCUAAAGUCACCCCAAUAAAAAACACAGAUUUCAAUCAUUUAAGAGAUGGUUUAUGUAGAUCUAUUAUGUCUCAUCCAAUUGCCAAAAAAAAUUCAGAUAUUAUAAAAAAUGGUAUUGAGCAAUUAAGAAGCGCAUUUAUUCUUAAAGGAUCUGUUUUGAAAAAUGACGAUUUAUUAAUUAAACUAGAAUCUGAUAAUUCUUUAAGAUUAUACUAUAAAUCUAAAAAAAAUGGAGAGGUCAAAAAAUUGGGUAAAGUUAGUGAACCAUUAAUUGGGAAGUGUUUGUUUAGUAAAUACUUGAGUCAACCUAACGCUCUAUCUGAUAGUACACAAAAAAGUUUUGCUGAAAAUGUUACGAAAUAUCUUUAA